AGUGUACAUGUACAAUGAAGAUUGACAAGUUGUUACCUUUGAUUGUAACGUUCGUCAUAACUAUUCAGGCCAGGCUGUUAUACAAGCUACGAGCAGAAUGUUGGUAUGUUUCCGGACUCCCAGAAAUUAUCAACGAGAGAAUUCAGGAGUUUAGAAAGUUGUCAGGAAUGGUGUGAUGAUACUCCCCGCUGUAAAGGAGUAGCCGUGAGUCCCGCGAAUUGGGCUUUACGAGAGUGCUUUCUGGUGGGCACUACGCACAUAACAGCAAGGAGUGGAUGGACUGCUAGUUCUCUAACUGAUUGUGACCAGGGAGCCGAAUUAGAGAAAAUACCAAUAGUAAAAUCUGACGCAGCAAACUGGUAUCGUUACGACAUGACACCGGACAAAGCUCACGAUGGAGAUUACAGCACGUACUACAGUGCUCGACACGGUGAUUUGCAAAACUGGCUAAAACUUUCCCUAUCAGGGAGGUACGAGAUAGCAGUCGUUAAGAUAACCAACAGGUUAAGUUGCUGUCAAGAGAGGAUUAUUGACACUGCCGUCAAGGUCUACAGUGGCGGGAUAGAAACGGGCGACUGCGGCACAAUCUCAGCUUCAGAUAUUGACUCUGAUCACCCAACGGAUCCAGAAGCUCAAACAUACACCAUGAACUGUAACAAUGCGGAAGGAGAUAUGAUCAUGAUAACAGAUUCACCCUCGGACAAGUUGGGCCAUGCUAUCUCUGAAGUGGUGGUAUAUAUAGUUUCAUGUGAAGAAGGCACCUAUCGGGAUGCUUCUAUGACGAAAUGUGCUAAAUGCAACAUUGGAGAGCAACCUAACAAUGCAAAAACGGCUUGCAUUCCAUGCAAGGCAGGGACCUUCAAGGACGGUUCACUGUCAGUAUGCAAGCAGUGUCCCACAAACAGUUAUAGUGCGGAGAGAGCAGGGCUGUGUAUCACGUGUCCUAGAGGGUCGCAUGCUUCCGAGGAUCACAUUCGUUGUGUUUCUUGCGAGAGUCUGCCUUCUAACUGGAAGGAGAUUAUAACAGAAACACAGUUCCCCCUCCCACCUGGAGCUGAAGUUUCCCUGAAGUGUAGUCCCGGGCACACUCUGACUGGAGACAGCACUCUCACAUGUGUUGAGGGAACUAACUUUUCCUCAAUGAACACCCCCCUCAUGUGUGCUAGACACGUGCGGGUCCCUCCUGGACACAGCAAACCUAGGAACAAGUACAGAGUUCCCGGUGCAGUACGGUGUUGUGAUGACAGUGGACUGUGAGACUGGGCACUAUCUGUCAGGAGCAGACACUAUCACCUGUAUCAAGGAUAGGAUAUACAAGUCGCACCAGGAUCCUCUUUGUAUUGCAAAGAGCUGCACGCGGCUGCCCCCUGAGAUCACACACCUACAGACAGACACGCAGUUCCCGGUGACUUACAGCACUACAGUACAAGUACAGUGUUCGGAGGGAAGGGAGCUAAGGGGGGACCUUGUGAUCACGUGUGACCAGGAUACUGACUUCCUCUUCCAGGAGAAACCUCGCUGUAAUGAACUAG